AUGGAACAUGAAUCAAUACCAUUAGUGGCAUGUGGACAAGCCGCCGAUGAUACGGCAACACAGACGCCCAAGACGCAAUUAUUGGCGCAACACUUCGCGACCCCUCUAGCAGAACGCUCGAGGCUGCCUUCUAAUCGCGUCUUCUACUCCUCUGCACAAUGGACAGGCGAUGGCACAACAAUAAUCACGGGAUCUUCUGACAAUUCUGUUUCGUCCUUUGUCCUGCCCGCAGAUCUAAUGGAUUUCGACAGCGGGACUCGCCAAUUGGAACCCCAGGCGAAAAUCAAGUUGCCUGAACCAACUCAGGUCAUAGCACCUGCUCCAUUCUUCUCCCUGUCUGAAGCGGCUUCUCAAACAUUCCUUGUAGGGUGUCGAGAUCAUCCACUGCAUCUUUAUCAUGCUUUUCCGGAUGAUCCUCGCUCUGCACCUAUCGGUCAUUACAAGUUUAUCAGGCACGAAACAGAGCAGUACAUUGUACCAGCCUCACUGGUAUGGCCGCAUCCCGGCACUCACUUCAUAUGCGGUUCUGCCAACCGUCUGGACUAUUUUGACGUAUCACGUCACGGAUCAGAUGGACCUGUGUUAACAGUGCCUACCAUCCCCUCCAAGAGGCAUAUCUCCAAGGGACACGGGGUGGGUAUGAAAGGAACCGUUUCCGCUCUGGGUGUUUCACCCCCAAAUGUCAAUGGGCUCCCUCUUGUUGCUGCCGGCACGCGGACACGCUGGAUGGGUUUGUACGAUCUCCAUCGCUCGGACGGUGCAGUUGCUAACUGGCGAAUAUCGGAAUCCGAUUUGCCGGGAUCGUCAGACUCCUAUGCCGGACAAGGAGUCGUCCAAGUGCUAUGGAGUCCCUGCGGGCGCUACCUUAUUAUCAACGAACGACAUUCGAAUGGCUUAUUGGUCUAUGAUAUUCGGGGUUCGGGAAGGUUGCUCAGCAUCUUGGCUGGCCGAAAAAACUUGUCGCAGCAGAGACUGAACUGUGACGUCUUUGCAGGCAGUCAACACGGGGAUGGAGGUUUUGAGGUGUGGGCCGGCUCUCAAGAUGGCUCUGUAAUUGUUUGGGACCAAGUCGGACUGACUGCAGCAGAAACGCAGCCGUCCUGGAGUUGGAAUCCUCAUGAUUCUCCGGUCUGUGCCUCAAUUUUGCAUAAUAGCGGAUCAGUCAUCGCCACCUGUUCUGGGGGAUGGGAGCAUUCCGAUAUUAAAGAUGAAUAUGAUGCAGUCGACGCACACGCUGGGCAGGGAUGGAGCUGCAAAAUUCUGGAGGAAUCAAGUCUGAAAAUUUGGUCUUUCGGUGGCGGUGUGCUCAUCGUCACGACAACUUGGUGCACUACAACCAGCAACAUAGCUCCAAUUCACUUUGGCUAUCUUGUUUAUGAUCGAUCAUCAAGUCAUCCACAUAGUUGGGCAACCGAUCUCAAAUCCACAAGCAAGGGACUUAUGACGGUUGGCAAAACUUUUGGGCCCCUCGACGAUGAAACCAUAGCUCGCGCACCGGAUUUUGUCUUCCACCAUUUCGGACUGACCUGUGACCUCGCGCAUCUUCUGACCGGCGCUAUUGCGAUUGUGCCUACUACGACUGUUGACGAAUGCCCAGAGCUGGAUUGCCUCUUGAUAGAAGGGCGAAAUCCUGCAUAUUUUGAAUUGCAUCCGCAAUACGCCGGCUUCGUCCGUCGCCAUGUAGCUGCAGGUAAGCUGGUUUCCUCACCUGCACUGGAGCGACAGUCCUUGCCUCCACGGACGUCCUGGAUGGCAACUGUCAAUGACACCGAAUACGAAUUGGUGAAGAAAUUUUCCCCGCUUGUUAACUGA